AUUUACGUAGGAGCAGUUGUAGCAGACGGAUGACUAGCGUCAUAGCUCCAAAUUUUUUCAUUUUCUAAAUCGGUAAAAGAAAAAUGUAGAUCAAUAAUAAUCGAAGGCAUCCUGUUUUACCGUGACAAUGACGUUCUACAGUGCAGUCUACUAUGGUGAAAAAAAAAAUUUCGCAGGUGUUAUUUCGUCGGAGAUUAUUUGGCAAGGAUAUAAAAGAUGUCGUAAUUUAGGAUGGAACAAUUUUUUUAGAGGUUCUCUUAUUAAACAGAAGAAAGGAUCUCUAAUGGAAGUAUUAUUUUUUAUGGAAGAAUCAGCUUUUUGUCGACCACAUCUCAAUUUUCAUGAUAAUUGCAACGAAUUAAACUGUGCCGUGGCUAAUUUAAAUAAAUUGAAAAAGUAUUUGAAAUCUGCCAAAUCCACUAUAGACGUGUGCAUGUACUUUUUUACUUCUCAACAAUUGGCCGAUGUUAUUAUGGAAGCACAGAAACGUGGAGUCGUAGUUAGAAUUAUAAUUGAUGCUAAUAUGGCAGAGCACAAUGACAAUCAAGCUAUACCUUUCCGUAAAGCAAGUAUUAAAGUUAGAACUAAAUCCACAGAUAAUCUUAUGCAUCAUAAAUUUGCCAUCAUCGAUGAUGAUAUUCUUAUCACAGGAAGUGCUAACUGGACAAUGCAGGCAUUAUUUGGAAAUUCAGAAAAUAUUAUAAUAACCAAUCAUCCUAUAUUACUAAAAAGAUUCAUAGAUGAAUUUAAAAGAUUGUGGAAGAUAUACGAUAAAGAUUUUUUAAAAUCAGUUUCAUUUGAAUCCCAUCAGACAGAAAUAGGGGAAUUGAAAAAAUUAGAAAACAGAUAAUAUUAAUAAUAAUGAUAUUAUGAUACGGUGUUUUUUAUUUUUUUUUUUAUAAAGGAAAGUAAAUUUUUAAUUUUUUGAUAAAUACCUAUGCAAUUUGUUUUAAAAAUAGAUUAAUCAUUUUAUAAUUAUUUAUAUUUAAUUUCAUAUCUUUUGUAAUGUCAUAUUUUUCUAAACCCUUAUCUGUGUCUCCAGUACAAAUAUCCUGGGUCUUUGUACUGGCAGAUGGAAUUUAUUUCUUAUAGUAUUAAGUCAAGAUAAACUUUAGGGGAGUUACCAUGACGAUUCUGACGUCACUUACUAUUACCCUACGUUAUUCUUUGCAUUAUAUUCUCUCUUUUCGUACCUGUACUGUAAGACCUGUAGCUGUUGUAUUAAUCAAAUUUUCCUUUGUUAUAGACGACUUUCUUUUUUUUUUUUUUUUCUUAAUACCCAAGAUAAAAAGGAGCGAGCGCUGAAUCUCAAGUACAAUUGUUUCUCAUUACGAUGAACAACGAAUAUUUGGAAGAUAAUUUCGGUGGACGUUCUGUUACUUAGUUUCGAUUAUCUUUGAACGUGACGUCACAGCUGGACUACGCCAACAUUCGACUCUUGCGCAGGAUUCAGUCACGCGUUAAAAUAAUGUACAUUAAUACAUUUAAUGACAUCAUAACAGGAUUUCUACUAUAAUAUCACGCUCGAAGAACUCUCGAAAUGGAAAUUCUAUUGAUCAAGAGAAGAUCGUAUAAGAAAGGGAUAACGCAGAUCUGCUAAAAAGACGAAGACAUUUGCGUCACGCUGGAAGGUUGUAACUCAUCCGAUGGAUUCGUAAACACUGUAGAGAGAGAGAGAGCGAGAGAGAGAGAGAGAAUCGUGCGUGGGGUGUUAUAGCUAUCUACAAGUAUACUACAUGGAGAGAGUUGGACGUUUGGAUCGGACGGUUAGAAUAAGACGAGGAAAAUCGUCUGUAUUGAGUCGGUUCGCCGAACGUGAGAGCUUGUCAAAACAUGCGCCUAAGAAUACACGAUUCGUGAUCGGAAAUAGCAAGACGGUGGCCCGAAAUAAGCGAAUCGCAAGAUAAUGGAACGCGGGUGCAUCCUGACUUAAGUAGCGACGCAAGCGAGGAAGAAGAUGAGGAUGAAGAGGGAGGAGGGAAGGACGUCCGGACGUUGGCGUCGUGGCAUACCCUCGUCAGGUGUUACGUCCUCAGCCGUGGCAAGGCGGCAGUCGAUGACACCACGAACGAGACGAGCUUCUGGACGACGUGUCGCCACUCGACUUUACUUGGCACCGAAUCACGAGCGUCGUUAGACGUCGUGUGGGAGCUAACUUAAAGUCGAACGCUCGAUUGAUACGUUCGGCUUCGUGACGUUUGGAAUCUCCUGGAUAGAGUUCAGAAACGAAUGCGCUUGGAAUAUAGAGCGAUCAAUGAUCGGGCUUGCUCGACAGGUGCAUCGCUAAAAACUUCCUUAGCCCAAAUUUUACUACACCUAAUGUAUUUCGUUUGGCCCGUGAUCGUUGCCAAGAAAUAAUCCACGAUGGCAACAAAUCGUAAGAUUCUCACGUGAGAUAACUCGGUGUAAUCGCGAACAUAUGUUCCGUCCUGAGUUCAUCGUUCUCGAAUAAAGUAUGCGGAUGAGAGGAGUAUCCCAGUGAUGCGAGAAAAAUCUUUUAUUAUCCGACGAUGUACUUCCUCGAGCUUUAAUACUUCCACAGAACGAUGUACCGGAAAAGUUUAUAGACGAACUUCUCGAAAGCACGACGUCGUUAGAUCUCACGAGUUCGCAAUAAAAACUUUGAGAAAUCGAAAGGGAAAA